AUGUGGCGUUUGCUCGUGCUUCUCUUGCUCCACCCUGUCUCCGCCACAGAGCUAGCCAGCCUUAAGGAGGACGAGGACGCUUACGCGGGCGAGGCAUCAACGGUCGACGGCCAGCUCAUAAGCCUCGUGCAGGCGAAGGGCGCAGAUGAUCCUUCGCUUGUGUCUGAGCUGCUCAGCAAAGGCGCGUCGCCGUCGGCGAGCGGCCUGUACAACUAUACGGCCAUCAUGUGGGCUGUCGUGCGGCACAAGGUCGCGACGCUUCAAGCGCUUCUCGAUGCCGGCGGCGACCCGGGCCGCGACGCACUGUUCCUCGCUGCCUGGGAAGGCGAGCCGAUGGUGCGGCUGCUCAUCGACCACGGCGCCGAUGUGAGCGCCUGUGCUGAGCACGAUGAGUGGACGCCGCUGCACAAGGCUGCGGAGAAGGGCAGCCUGCCGGUGGUGGCGAUGCUCCUUGAGGCGGGAGCCGACCCGCACGCCCGCACGUUGCCCGACAAGACCUUCGAGGACGGCAUUGUGCCCGUCGAUCUCGCCCGUCGCAAGCUCAAGAGACUGGGGAAGAAGAAGGCGCCGGGCGAGGCGGCCGAACUGCGAAAGCUCAUUGCGCUGCUUGUGCAGCACAGCCAGGGGGAGAAGGAGGAGCUGUAG